AUGGGUAUUGGAAGAGGUCCAAGAGCUGAUGUGAGGAGUUCAAUGGCUGUUAUUGUUGUCCUUGUUGCUCUCAGCUUAGUUGGUGGUUGGAUGAUGACAUCUUCGUCAAUUGUUCCUCUGCAAAAUACAGAAUUUUCUAGGGAUGGGGAGGUAGAUACUGUCAAUAAACCUAAUUCUACACAAUUUGAAGAUAAUUCAGCAGUCGUACAUGAAGAUGCGAAAAAGGGAGAUUCGAAGCAGAUCUCACCUCAGGAUUUAACAUCUCAGAAAUCUGAGGGGAGUGGAGGUAAUAAGGUUCCCGAUGCAGCUCAGCACCAGUCUACCACACAAGAUGGGGCAUUUUCUACUCAAAGUUCAGAGUCAAAGAAUGAAAAGGAAUAUUCUGUUACAAAAGAUGAGAGUGCUUAUGAGUAUAAAUGGAAACUUUGUAACGUCACCGCCGGGCCAGAUUAUAUACCUUGCCUAGAUAAUAUAUAUGCUGUUACACAUCUUCAAAGUACUAUACACUAUGAACAUAGAGAAAGGCACUGCCCUGAAGAGCCACCAACUUGUCUGGUUCAUCUGCCUCAAGGAUAUAAAAAAUCUAUUAAGUGGCCUAAAAGCAGGAAUAAGAUAUGGUAUUCCAAUGUUCCCCACACUAAGCUUGCAGAAAUAAAGGGGCAUCAAAAUUGGGUUAAAGUUAGUGGAGAGUACCUAACAUUUCCUGGUGGUGGAACUCAGUUUAUGCAGGGCGCCUUGCCUUAUGUUGAAUUUAUCGAAAAAGAGUUGGCUGAUAUAUCAUGGGGAAGGAAGAGCCGUGUGGUAUUGGAUGUUGGAUGUGGGGUAGCCAGUUUUGGUGCAUCUCUCUUUGACAAAGAUGUUCUUACGAUGUCAUUUGCUCCAAAGGAUGAGCAUGAGGCCCAAAUUCAGUUUGCACUUGAAAGGGGUCUCCCAGCUCUAUCAGCCGUGAUGGGCACAACAAGACUCCCUUUCCCUGGUGGAGUGUUUGAUCUUAUCCAUUGUGCUCGUUGCAGGGUUCCAUGGCAUAUCGAGGGUGGUAAACUUCUCUUAGAAUUGAACCGUAUUCUGAGACCUGGUGGAUACUUUGUCUGGUCAGCUACUCCUGUUUAUCGGAAAGAAGCCGAAGACUUUGGGAUCUGGAAAGCUAUGUCUGCACUAACAAAGCAGAUGUGCUGGGAUUUGCUGAUAGUUAAAAAGGAUUCAUUCAAUGGUGUUGGGGUUGCAAUAUAUAGGAAGCCUUUAUCCAACGAAUGCUAUGAAAAAAGACCAGAAGAUGACCCACCUCUAUGUAAAGAAUCUGAUGAUCCAAAUGCUGCCUGGAACAUUACACUGAAAUCAUGUAUGCACAAGUUGCCAAUAGAAGCAUCAGAGCGUGGGUCUCAGUGGCCAGAUCAGUGGCCGUUGAGGUUGGAAAAGCCACCUUACUGGUUGAAUGGUGCGGGACUUGGAGUCUAUGGAAAAGCAUCCCCAGAGGAUUUCAUCGCGGACCACGAACACUGGAAACGUGUUGUCACAAAUUCUUAUCUACACGAAAUGGGAGUUAGCUGGUCUGACGUGAGAAAUGUCAUGGAUAUGAGAUCAGUUUAUGGAGGUUUUGCUGCUGCGCUCAAGGAUUUGAAUGUGUGGGUAAUGAAUGUGGUUACGAUAGAUUCACCAGACACACUCCCCAUAAUAUAUGAACGGGGUCUAUUUGGUAUCUAUCAUGACUGGUGUGAAUCCUUUAGCACCUAUCCUAGGUCCUAUGACCUUCUUCAUGCUGAUCAUCUUUUCUCUAAGCUCAAACUCAGGUGCAGCUUAGUAGCCGUGAUAGCAGAAGUUGAUAGGAUAUUAAGGCCAGACGGAAAAUUGAUAGUGCGUGACAAAGUUGAGAUUAUCAAGGAGCUGAUGCAAAUGGCAGAGUCUUUGCAAUGGGAAAUUCGCUUAACCAACAACAAGGAAAAUGAAGGAUUGUUGUGUCUUCAGAAAACUACCUGGCGGCCAAAAGUGGUAGAAACAAUUGCCUUAGCCACUGCUUAA